AUGUAAGGAUUAAUUGAUAUUGAACCAAAAUAAUAUUUAGACUUCAUUAUUCAAGAAGGCAAACUAGGAUAAACUACCCUCAAUGUUUUUAACUUGACUUCUAAUAAAUUAUCAUUCAAAGUAAACAUAUUCACUUAUUAUAAGAUCAAAACUGCAACCCCAUAUUUGUUUUAAGUUAAACCAAGUAUAGGGAUCAUAUAACCUAAUAAUUAAGUCUCUAUUGUUAUUACAACAACUCAACCUUUGAAAGAGGAUAGCAGAUUGGAUUCUAAAUUCCAAAUAAAUGCGUGUACACUUGAAUAAGAUGAAUAAGGUAUAGCAAUUUCUAUAACAAAAGAUCUUGCAAAUUUUUGGAGAUCACUAGAUGCAUCACUGAUAUAAUAAGUACAAGUGAAAAGUCGGAUUAAGCCUGUAGAAGUACAAUAAGAAAUAAUUACAUAAUAAUUGCAAUAAAGUGUGAUAUCAGAAACUCAUGAUAAUAUGAGUUAAUUAUACUAAUCAAUGAAUGAUACAUAAUCAAAAGAAAAAGAUGAGGAGAUAUAGAGAUAUCAAGAGUAGAUAGAUUAAUUGGUAUAUAAUAUUUUUCAUAGCUUUAGUCCAAGUAACUCUCCGAUUAUUAAUUAAUGCUUAAGAGUGUCAAAUAACAAGAAGUAGCUGUUAAACAUCAUGGUAUAAUAUAUCUCAUAUUCUCAAAUAGCUAAUAAAUUUGAGUUGAAAUAAGUAUUGAUUAUUGCUUUGAUUUCGGUCAUCUUGGGAUUCAUAUUUGGGAAAUGAUU